CAAGCGUUUAUAUGAGUGUGAAAGCGGUUGAACUGUGGAUAACUGUGAAUUACUGACCAAACGUAAUGUUGUACUUGUCGUAACGUGGAAGCAUGCGCAAAGGUAACGUUAUUUAGCUAACACAUUCGGCUCCCUAGUUUCCCAUUUACGGAGGCGAUAACUUGCCAAAGACAGACCGACAUCUGUCCUUCCUAUCGAGUGUUACCGCCAGCUAUUUCAGAUCGGCGAAGGCUCGUUUGCUCGCCAUAGAACUUCAUUUCAGGCGAAUGCCAACGUCAGCCAUCACACAAGCGAAAGCGGUCAGCUCGACGACAACGAAUGAGUUCAAGUCGGCGUUUAGCUGGGAGGGGGAGGGGAAGUGGAACGGCCUCACACACAGCGACAGCGAGCCAACCAGACAGAGAGAGCGACACGGCAGCAAAUCGGAGCUUUUUUUGUGUCUUUAGACAGCCACCUUCGUCGUAUUGAACUCUCCGGCGUAUUCGUUUCGCAUUUGGUUGACGGUACUCGCUACUUGAUAUGAAUCAGGCACGAUCCUCGCUCGUCUACACCGCGCGCUCCGUUAGCGUGUUGUCCCAAUUUGGUGCAGAGCCGCGAGUCGACUAGGCGGCACUGUGCUCGCCUGGAGUCUUCUACCUCCCGACCCAAGGCUGUGACGUCUGCCUGCACGCCCGGGGAGCGUCAACAAAUGACACUUUUUCCUAAGCCUAUUCUGGUUUCAUUAAGGCACGGGAUAUGAAAUUAAUCUAAAUAAAUAAACAAGUAUACUUGACGUUUUUUGUGGAUGAGCAUUUAAUGCUCCUCGGGGGUAAAUUUCAAACUUCAAAACAAAUUUACUGAUGUACAACUACCAGUGGAUGACAUUGAUGCCUCGUUUGGGAUGAGAUCAGCACAGUUCACUGUGAGAAACGUCUAUAUUUUGUACAACAUAAAUUUUUUCCUGCUGCUGAUCAUAAAGGAAUGGAAUUUUUUUAAUCAAUAUUUUAUUUUUCCUGCUGAAAGCAUAGAGUUUUGAAAAGGGAUCACCAUCCUUUUGGUAAGAAUUUGAGAGCUACUUGUUGGACACUGUUGGAUGUGAAUGGCUACCAGUUUAUGACACACUUCUGAAAUGAGAAAUGUGAUUGAAUUACCGUUUAAUUAUAUUAUUAUUAAUAGUUGAUGCUUCAGUAUUCAUCAAUGUGAAGCUACCGAUCAUGUUAAUGAUUUACUCAUGAGGUCCUUGGGGGCUACCCGGUGUCCAAGGGAACCACGUUAGUGAGCCCUGGUCUUGAGAGUUCAGUUUAAUGUUAUGCUGUGAGAUUUAAACAUUUUUUCAAUGUAAAUUAUGUGUCUUGGCUCAAUAAAUGUUGCAAAACAAUGUACAAUUCAAAGCUGUGUUGACAACAUUUUGGUUGGACUCUUUUGUGACACGAGGGCUGCAAAAUAUACACAAAUACCUCUCAGUGUGGUGCUGUGCAUUUUUACAUGACUGUGACCAACAAUGAUUGACAACUGAUUAAUUCAAUCCCUUACACAAAGUGCAAAUCGGAAUCUAUCCUGCAAUUAUAUACAAUACUAUAUAGCCCCUUUGAGUAUGUUUAAACAAUGAAGAGGCAUGUGGAGGACCAGGAACCAAUAUUUGCACCCCAGCAACCACAUCGCACCCCAGUCCAGGGCAUUGCAGAAAGCUUCCAGCACAGGGCUUUAGCCCCAACAACUACUGUGAUAGAGGCAGUCACAGACAUAAUGCAGCCGUCAUCUGGCAUCCAGUAUUCUCUUCCGCAGGGUUACCAGGUGCCGACAAUGCCUCAGAGCACAAGUGGACAUGGACUUAACAGUUCUGCACAACAUGUUGGAACCCAUGCACAUAGCAUAGCAGUCCAAUCCCAGGCCCCUGCAGUGGUCCAAGGUCACGGGCAUCCAACUGCGCCCAUGACUUCAGCGCAAGGACAGCAGCAGUUUCAGCGACUGAAGGUUGAAGAUGCUUUGUCGUAUCUCGAUCAAGUGAAGCUUCAGUUUGGAAAUCAGCCUCAAGUUUAUAAUGAUUUCCUGGAUAUUAUGAAAGAAUUCAAGUCACAGAGCAUAGACACUCCAGGUGUUAUCAGUCGUGUAUCCCAACUCUUCAAGGGCCACCCAGAUCUCAUUAUGGGCUUCAAUACUUUCUUGCCACCCGGAUAUAAAAUUGAGGUUCAAACCAACGAUCUGGUCAACGUGACGACGCCAGGCCAGAUUCACUACAUCACGCCUCAUGGUAUAUCUGUUCAAAAUAUCCCUGUAAGUGGAACACCCAGCCAGCCCGGAAACCAGCAUCAGCACCAGACGGUGCCACAGGCCAGCCCACACACCGCUACUGUCACCCCACCUGUCCCCACCCAGCCUGCAGCAAAUAAAGUCAACAAGGCCAUGCAGUCUCCAGCCCACACGCCCACCAGCCAGCCAAACCCAUCCAUCCCAACUUACUCCUCACCGCGCUCACCUUCAGUUCAGUCCCACACACCAGUCAGCAGCACACCGUCCGGUGGGCCACCUCCACAGAACAAUCAGCCAGUGGAAUUCAACCACGCCAUAAACUACGUGAACAAGAUUAAGAAUCGCUUCCAGGGUCAGCCAGACAUCUACAAAGCCUUCCUGGAAAUCCUGCAUACAUACCAGAAAGAGCAACGGAAUGCCAAGGAGGCAGGAGGCAAUUACACUCCAGCUCUAACUGAGCAGGAAGUCUACACUCAAGUGGCACGGCUCUUCAAGAACCAGGAAGACCUGCUGUCAGAAUUUGGACAGUUCCUGCCUGAUGCAAACAGCUCAAUGCUGCUCGGGAAAACUGCACCUGACAGGGCAGAGUCUGUGCGUAAUGACCAUGGCGGUACAGUCAAAAGACCCCUACCAAACAAUAAACAGAAAUUAAGCCAUAAUGGGCUAACUGUCAAAAGGCCUGGAGCUGUGGGAGUUUCACCACUUGUUAAGAAGAAACCCAAAAUAGUUGGGAAGGACCAUGGCCUAAGUGAACUCGGAAAGCAGAGCAACAGCACUGAAACCAUGUUCUUUGAUAAGGUCAAGAAAGCUCUCAGGAGUUCAGAGGCAUACGAAAGCUUCCUGCGUUGUUUACACAUCUUCAACCAGGAAGUGAUUUCACGUGCUGAAUUGGUUCAGUUAGUCAUCCCGUUUCUAGGAAAAUUCCCAGAACUUUUUACAUGGUUUAAAAACUUCCUGGGCUACCGAGAGUCCAGCCAUGGGGAAUUGAGCCAUGCGGAGAGUUUGCCGAAGGAGCGGGCAACAGAGGGCAUCGCCAUGGAGAUUGACUAUGCGUCCUGCAAGAGGCUAGGCUCCAGCUACAGGGCACUCCCGAAGAGCUACCAGCAGCCUAAAUGCACAGGAAGGACGCCACUAUGUCGAGAGGUUCUGAAUGACACAUGGGUGUCAUUUCCAUCAUGGUCUGAGGAUUCGACUUUUGUGAGCUCCAAGAAGACUCAGUAUGAAGAGCACAUUUACAGAUGUGAAGAUGAGCGUUUUGAGCUUGAUGUUGUGUUGGAGACCAAUCUUGCCACGAUUCGAGCACUCGAAUCAGUCCAACAGAGGCUUUCGCGAAUGUCUGCAGAGGAGCAGCUGCGCUUCAAGCUGGACAACACAUUGGGGGGGUCCUCAGAAGUCAUUCACCGCAAAGCUAUUCAGAGGAUAUACGGGGACCGCGCCCACGACAUCAUUGACGGUCUCAAGAAAAAUCCAACUGUGUGUGUCCCCAUAGUGCUAAAAAGGUUAAAGAUCAAAGAGGAAGAGUGGAGAGAAGCCCAGAGAGGCUUCAACAAAAUUUGGCGUGAGCAGAAUGAAAAGUAUUAUCUGAAGUCACUCGACCACCAAGGCAUCAACUUCAAACAGAAUGACACCAAAGUGUUUCGCUCCAAGACCCUCCUCACUGAAAUUGAAAUGCUGUAUGAUGAGCGGCAAGAGCGUGUCUCAGAGGACCCUGCCAUUGCCCCUCCUAGCGGCCCACACAUGAACUUGGCCUACGAAGACAGUCAGAUCCUCGAGGAUGCGGCGGCCCUCAUUAUUUAUCACGUGAAGAGACAAGUGGGCAUCCAGAAAGAUGACAAAUACAAGAUCAAACAGAUCAUACACCACUUCAUCCCCGAUCUCCUUUUUGCCCGGCGAGGUGAGCUCUCCGAUGUGGAGGACGACGAAGAGGAGGAGGAUGUGGAGGAUAUGGAUGCAGAGCCAGAUGGCGCCAAAAAACACAAUGGCCUGCCAGGCAGCAGCCCAUCAAAGUCCAAGCUCCUUUUCAGCAACACGGCCGCUCAGAAGUUGCGCGCCACAGAUGAGGCGUAUAACUUGUUCUUUGUGAACAACUACUGGUACAUCUUCCUGCGCCUUCAUCACAUCCUCUGCUCUCGCUUACUGCGAAUCUAUGGGCAGGCUGAGAAGCAGAUUGAGGAGGAUGCUCGCGAGAGAGAAUGGGAAAAGGAAAUGUUUGGCCUCCAAAAAGAAAAGAAUGAAAAUACAGCCUUCCAGCUUAAGAUGAGGGAACCUAUGGACGUUGAAGUAGAGGAUUACUAUUCUGUCUUUCUGGAAAUGGUGCGGAGCCUUUUGGAUGGUAACAUGGAACCAGCUCAGUAUGAGGAUUCCUUGAGGGAAAUGUUUACUAUCCAUGCUUACAUUGCCUUCACCAUGGACAAACUUAUCCAGAGCAUUGUCCGGCAGCUCCAACACCUCGUCACUGAUGAUGGAUGCGCACGGGUGAUGGACUUGUACCUGAGCGAAGUUGCCAAUAAAGCCACAGGUGGUUCCCUGCCCACUCAAGCAUCCCGUGCCACAGCAGAGGGCACCUAUCAGCGCAAAUCAGAGCAGCUCAUGUCUGAAGAGAACUGCUUCAAGUUGAUGUUUAUGAAGAAUCAAGACUCUGUUUGUGUGGCCAUGGAGCUGCUGGACACAGAAGAGGAGAACUCUGACGAGCCUGCAGAGAGGUGGUCGGACUAUGUGGGCAGAUACCUCAACUCAGAUUCAACUUCUGCAGAGCUGCGUGAGCAUUUGGCCCAGAAACCGGUAUUUCUGCCCAGGAACCUGAGAAGAAUAAGGAAGUGCCAGAGAGGAUGGGAACAGCUACAACAGGAGAGGAUGACUACGGGCACCACGGAUGAGUCGCAAGGUGACAAGAGCAAACUGAAGAUGGAGUGCAUGUUCAAGCUCAAAUCCUACAAGAUGGUCUAUGUCUGCAAGUCUGAGGACUUCAUGUACAGGCACACUGCUCUUAGACGAGCUCAUCAGUCCCACAAGCGAGUCCACAGACGCCUGCACAGACGUUUUCAGGCCAGGUUGGACACCUGGGCCACGGAGCACGUGACAAGCGACAUGGCCGCCGACUGCCGGAAGUGGCUGAUGGGAGAGGGACAAGAAGGCUUGCUGCCCUGCAGUACCACGUGCAAUCCAGAGGUCCUGCAUUAUCUCACUGUUAACAAGUACCGAGUCAAGUACAGAACAUAGUAGGCAAUGAUCGUAUCAGCGACCACACGGUAGGACUGUCUGUGGACAUCGAAUGAAACUUCAUUCUUCACCCUGCCUAUUCUUUUGCCAACUUUGGGCCGCUCUUUUCGUCACUUAAUGCAGGUCAAUUUCAUACUUUUCCAUGAUAGAAAAUCUGUUUUUUUUAAAAAAAAAAACAUUUUUCAGGUCGGUCUGUGUGAGAAGUUUUCUUUGCCACGGGCAAAUCCCUCCUAACUUCUUGUAAAUGGAUUUCCAGUAGCUUGGCAUCUCUCUACAAGAGAAACUGAAGCUCGGCUUACUUACGUCUUUGGGUCGCGACAAAAAUGUUGAUUGCAGCUGUAAAAGUGGGCAGCUUGUGAAUGUUUCCCUUGCUGGUAAAGGUGCACUCGUGCACGCUGGAGUCCACAGCUCUGCUAAGUUUAUUCAAUCAGGACGAGCCAACCACUUUUUGUAAAUGAUGUCCAUUAGUUGUCAUAUUUGAUGUGUAGUGCACUGUACGACACAGUGGCGAUAUUUAGCUAGACGCAGCUAAAUGCAAAAUGUAAAGUUUUUUGCUCUGUGUGUGUGCGCGUGUGUGUGUGUGUGUGUGUGUGUGUGUGUGUGUGUGUGUGUGUGUAAUUACUACAAUGGGGGGGUUGGGGGGUUGGAUGAGGGACCUGUUGGUGUGUUGGCGGUCUGGUGAAGGUAAAGCCUUUAUUUACACCACUAAUUUUAUAUGCCCUUCAAGACUAAACCGUCUAUACCUUUAAACCGUCUUUGGCAUCGCUAUGACUUAUGGUUUUAAAACGACUGACUGUAGCCAAACAGCAUUUUGUGCUCGUGUGCACAGUGUCCGUCUGUUUUUUUUUCGAGUGUCCAGUUUUCAAGACUGCAAUGAACCAACAAUGGCUUGCUCUUUGUAGUUACGUUUGUCCAAAUGACCCGUAUCUGUGUGACAGAUGCGACACAUACGAAUGUGUGUAUUUUCCCCAUGUUAAGUGUCGAUGCCUCCUCUCACAGCUGUAUAUAGUAGUUCUCUCCGUGAAUGUCAGCCAUGUACAGUAUUUGGGUCAGCUAAACCAGUCAGCAAUACUUCUACCCCACUGUGAAUGUUAAUGGUUGUAAAACAUUGUCUGCCCCCACCCCCUCCAAAGCUCACCCUGAAGUGCAAAUAUUGAUCUUGAAAUUGUAGCUCUCUUAGAUCAUAUGAGAGCAGUAAGUUUUUAUUGAUAAUGCCCCGAGGCUUUGAACCAGUAGAAUUCAGCCCGUGACUCCAACUUCCAUGUGUCACAUGCAGAUAGACAUGCAAAUACAGUACUGAAUAAACCACAACUUUACAUACGCUAUAUAAAAAGACACCAAUGCUUUUUUUUAUGUCACUGUGUGACAUGAAAUCAUACGAAACGUUUCCCGUUCCCGGUAAUAUUAGCAUUCCCCAAAUUAUUUGUAUUUGCCGAAUGCCACAAUAAUGAGAUAGUUAUUAGAGAUUUUUUUUUUCAUUACUUCAAAGUCAGAUGUUUUCAUACUGUACUGUGCGUGACUUGGUUCAAACAUUUUGGAUAUCCUUCUACAAGCUUCUUACAAUAGUCGGCAGGAAUCAUGUAUCCUAUCUCCUGACAGAACUGGUGUAACUGAGCCCACUUGGUCGGCCGGCUUGCUCGCGCGUGCCUUUUCAGCGCUGUCCAUAGAUCUGCAGUAGGAUUGAGAUCAGCUCAUGGAUUUUAUUAUCCUUUAAAAUACCUUGUAAUCAGUUUGGCGGCGUGCUAUGGGUCAUUUUCCGUUUGAAAGAUGCAUUUGUGCCAGAUCUUCAACUUCCUGUCUGAUGUCUUGAGAUCGUGCUUCAGUAUUUCCGUAUCGUUAUAAGUGCACGAGUCGCUCCUGCAGCAAAACACAACAUGCUGCUGCCACCCUCCAUGUUUCAGUUGGGAUGGUGUUCUCAGGCUUGCACGUGUAUCGAUGCUCUUUAUGGCCAAACAGCUCAAUUUUAUGUUUUGUCACGCCACCAAAAUUUAAGGUCUUUGUCCCUGUAUGCAUUUGCUUGUCUUUAAUCUCUUUUUCAUGUUGCUUUUGGAGAAAUGGCUUCUUCUUGACACACUCUUAUUAGCUUGAGCCAGCAUCUACCAAGGUCUCUUGCUUUAGAAUUUGGGUUGAUUUGGACAUUUUGGACCAAAGCACGUUUAUCAUAAUUGUUUAAACACAUUUACAGAUUCACCCCUCAGACUUGUGGACCAGUCCAUAAUUCUCUUCCCGACAACUUGGCAGAUUUCCUUUAACUUUCACAUGAUGUUACACAUAGCAGGCGUGUUUCAUGUGCGUUUUCAAAUGUUAGUUGGUGUCCGGCGGAAUCCUCGUAAUUCCAAAAGCAUCGCUUUUUAUGAUUUCUAAAAAUAACACCUACUUCUGGGGAUUAACUAAUAGUAUAGAUUUGUGGGCCAAAAAACAAAACAAAACAAAAAAAAAGUUUCCAAAUUGUAACAUAGUAGGUUUUGGCCCGAUAUCAGCCAUUUGUUGAUUGAUUCGAAGUGCGAUCUAAUCAACUCAAAUGUUGUCAAUAAACCUAGCAGAAGCCUCCAUCGCCUUAUUCUAAUCUUACUGUAUGUACCGUUCUACACUUUGAAGAAAGUAUUGAAAAAAAAAAUCCAUCCCUCGUUAUUCUCGCAUUUAGUAAAUUGAAAUAAUUUUGUGACUCUAUUUACCUAGAACAGGAAAAAUUUGGUCUGAUUUUAUGUCAGACAGUGACGACAAAAAUGUGUCUCUCUUUAUAUAGCGGAUGUGAACUACUUCUUUCAACUAUUAGUCGAUACAUUUUCCAUAGAGGAGGGAUUACUAGACUAGCAAACACACCAAAAUUUGACACCGAAAAAAAGAUUUGCAACAUUGCGGGAGGGGAAAAAAAUUGGCUAACUUUUUUAAAGUGAUGAUUACUGAACCAGCUACACAGACAAUCUUGGAGUUUGGUUUUUAUUUUUGUAUUCACUAUGUUCAUUGUGAAUGGAAUAUGCCACGUGGUUCCAAGGA